ACUGCCUGAACCCACCAUGAUAUUUGCUUUACUUGCCAGAAUCCCUUACAGUCGCAUUUCAGAACCACCAUGAGCAGCCCCUCUACUCUCGUGGUCAAGGCCGACCACACCCCUUACUACACCCCCGCCAACAAUGCCGGUGCGGCCGUCCAACCCCGCGAUGCCGCCACACCGACGCUCUUCCGCCCGCUGACAAUCCGCGACGUGACCCUGAAGAACCGUGUCGUGGUUUCGCCCAUGUGCAUGUACUCCGCUGAACCCGACCCUUCCUCCCCCUUUAUUGGCGCUUUAACCGAUUACCAUAUCGCCCACCUCGGCCACUUCGCCCUCAAAGGAGCCGGUCUUGUCUUUGUCGAAGCGAGCGCCGUGCAACCGAACGGUCGCAUUUCCCCCAACGAUGCUGGAUUGUGGGACACUGCCCCGGACUCGGAGCAGUUCAAAGCUCUCCAGCGGGUCGUACGCUUCAGCCACGCCCAGGGUGCCAAAGUGGCAUUGCAGUUGGGCCACGCCGGACGCAAGGCUAGUGUGGCCGCUCCCUGGUUGGCAACUAAGGCCGGGAAGCCCAGUCUGAAGGUGGAUGAAGACGCAUUCGGAUGGCCUUCCAAUAUCGUUGGACCGUCAGGUGGGAAGGAACAUAUCUGGGAUGGCACAGGCGAGGGGCAUUGGACGCCACGGGCGCUGAGCACGGAGGAAGUUGAGGAGGUGGUCAAGGCGUUUGCUGCGAGCGCUGAGGUGGCUAUCCGAGCUGGAGUCGAUGUACUCGAAAUUCAUGCGGCGCAUGGAUAUCUCCUGCACCAGUUCUUGAGCCCUGUUACCAAUAAGCGCACGGACAAGUAUGGUGGGAGCUUCGAGAAUCGCACCCGACUCGUGCGCGAGGUCGCGGCGGCUAUUCGAGCGGUGAUACCUAGUGGAACACCGCUGUUCUUGCGAGUGAGUGCGACCGAGUGGUUGGAUGGACAGGCCGUGGCAGCCGAGUCUGGCUCCUGGGAUCUGGAAAGCACCAUUCGUCUGGUUGCAGACCUGCCGGAGCUUGGAAUCGAUCUGGUAGACGUCAGCUCCGCUGGCAACCACAAGGAUCAGAAGAUCGUCCUCAAUAAGAACUAUCAGGUUGACCUGGCGGGUCAUGUGCGCAAGGCGAUCCGAGAAGCCGGAGCUCCGACACUCGUGGGCAGCGUUGGAUACAUCACCGACGCGGAGCAGGCCAAGGAGAUCGUGGAAGGAGCUGAUGAAGCUCGCGCAGCGGAGGCCACGCUGUCUGGAUCAUUCCCACGCGCCGAUCUGGUGUUUUUGGCACGCCAGUUCCUGCGUGAGCCGGAGUGGGUGAUGAACGCUGCGAAAACGCUGGGAGUGCCUGUGGAAAAGCCCGUACAGUUUGGGCGGGCUAUCUGACGAGGCGGAGGGGUACUGAUGAGGAAUGAUUGUGUAGAUAGACUUGCAUAUUAUGAAUAAUACACCGAUUUAGAUUGCUA